AUGUCACUGGUAAUACCCCCUAUCAUCACUAACAGAGCUAACACUGCCAUUGGUACUUUCGCAACAAUCACUACCAGCGCUACCACUGUCAAUGGUACUACCCCUACUAUCACUACCAGAACUACCACUGUCACUGUUACUAACCCUUCCAUCACUACAACUGUCAUUGGUACUACCACAACCAUGACUACCAGAGCUACCACUGUCACUGUUACUACCCCUACAAUCACUACCAUUCUCACUGGUACUACCACAACUAUCACUACCAGAGAUACCACUGUCAAUAGUACUACCCCUACAAUCACUACCAGAGCUCCCACUGCCACUGAGCUCCCACUGCCACUGGUACUACCCCCUUCCAUCACUACCAUUGACACUGGUACUACCCCUACACUCACCACUAGAACUUCCACUGUCACUGUUACUACCCCUGAUAUUACUACUAGAGCUACCACUGGCAUUGGUACUACCCUUACCAUCACUACCAGAGCUACCACUGGCAUUGGUACUACCCUUACCAUCACUACCAGAGCUACCACUGGCACUGAUAAUACCCCAGUCACUACUACUAGAGCUACCAUUGUCACUGGUACUACCCCUGGCAUCACUACCAGAGCUACCACUGACACUGAUAAUACCCCAAAAAUCACUACCAGAGCUCCUACUGUCACUGGUACAACGACAAACAUAACUACCAGAACUUCCACUGUCACUGGUACUGCCCCAGACAUCACUGUCACAGUUACCACCGGCACUGAUUAA